GCGUUUCCGCCUGGCACGUGGAAUGCUGCCAGUGUGAAGAUCCUGCAGAAUCUUGGAGUGCUAGUACGUUUAUCGUACCGGUUGUGGAGCGGCGGCGAACGAAAAAAGAAAACGCUAUCAUUGUGUGCGAGCGGCCCCACCCACGGGCGGCUUCACGUACGGCAUCAGCAGGACUACCUCCGCGGAGCUAGCGCCUGCAUUUUAGGCGAAAUCACAUCGCAUGUCGGCUUCAGCCUGCCACCGGCUUCUCAAGGGAAUGGAGAGGAAGCAGCGUGGGGCCUCACAUCAUGGUGCCUUGCGCGUUUUGUGCCUGGCCUACCUGCUGGCCGUUCCAGCGGGAGUAACGGGCCGUGAAGUAGCGGGAAGUGAGGACAAUGGCUGGGCGGAUAACGGAUCCGGCGGAAGUUCCAACGCUGCCAUACCCGAUGGAGCGACGUCUCUCGCUUUCGUUUUGGACGUGAGCGGCUCGAUGCAUCGGCACCUCCAGCAAGUCGCCGAUGGUUUGCAGAGGAUACUGAACGCGACGCUUUCACAGGGCGAGGCGCUCUUCCACAACUAUGUGCUGGUGCCUUUCCACGACCCUGUUGUUGGUCCGACGCUGGUGACGCGUGAUCCGGCCCACUUCGAACAGCGUCUGCGUGCCCUGACGCUUCGCGGAGGUGGUGACUGCCCUGAAAUGGCGCUCACCGCACUGCGUGAGGCUCUGCGGCUCGCCCUGCGUGGCUCUCACGUGUACCUCUUCACAGAUGCCCGUGCCAAGGACUAUCACCUCCUCGAUGCUGUCCUGGCACUGGUGCAGAGAAAGGAGGCGCAGGCGAGUACCCCACGUUGGAAGUGUGCAACGAUCAUCCCACUUCUCUAA